AUGGAAUGGUUACUAUGCUUAAAAUAUAUAAUUUUUUAUAAAAUAAUUAUAUUAAAUAUAUUACAAUUUAUAAAUAAUUAUUAUUGGAAUGAAAAAACUAUAAAACAUCAACGUCAAUGUAUAUUUCCAUCAGUAUAUAAACGUAAAGCAAUCUAUGAAUGUCAACAUAUUGAUAUAAAUGGACCAAAUGAUGAACAAUUCAAUGUAAUAACAAAUAAUCAAUUAUAUUCAUCUAAAUGGUGGUGUCCAUUAACUGAUAAUUAUGAUCAUUAUCCAGAAUGGCAAUUAUGUCCAGAGACAACAACAACUUAUGGUGGUAAUCAACCAGGUAAACAAUGUUAUUUUCCAUUUAUUUAUCAUAAACGUUUAUAUACAACAUGUAUUAGAAAUGAUGGUAAUUUAAUAUAUCAACAUGAAAAUGAUAGAAUACCAAUAGAUAAUGGUAAAAGUGGUUAUUGGUGGUGUUCAACAACAUCAAAUUUUGAUCAUGAUGGUUUAUGGACAAAAUGUCGUCCACAAUUAUCAUAUCAAUUACCAUGUUAUUUUAAAAAACAAACUAAUCAUUAUAAUAUAGGAGGUUUUAUACAAUCUAGUGAUUAUGAAUGUCAACCAUAUUUAGGACAUUGGAUAUGUUAUACAGAAUUAAAACAAUUACGUGAAUGUCCUAAAUCAAUACAAUUAUUACAUAAUAUUAAAACUGAAGGUGGAAAUGAUCCUGGUUUUCCAUAUCAACAAUUAUCAAUUUAUCCAACAUGGAUUGGUUAUUGGUGUUCAACUACAGAAAAUUUUGAUCGUGAUCAAUUAUGGACACGUUGUCAUUUAAAUAUAAAUCAACAAAAUAUGAUUACAUCAUAUAAAUUAUCAGAAAUUUGGUCACAAUUAAAUUGGUUAACAUUAUUAACUUAUAAAGAAAAAUCAAUAAUUUCUAUAAAAAAUUUAUCAAAUACAAUAAAUUUUCAACAAUCAUUAAAUUCUAUAGAAUUAUUACGUGGUAAAUGGGAAUUAUUUACUAAAAAUAAUUAUGAUCUAGAUCAUAUAUAUCAUGAUCUUAAUCAUAAUAAUCAAUAUAAUGAUCAUUAUUAUAUUGAAUUAACAUGGUGGUUAUGGUUAGCACCAUUUUGGUGGAUCACAUAUAAAACUAAUCAAUCAUUGAAUUCAACGAAUCAUUUAGUUCAUACACAAAUGAUGAAUAUACAUAGUAACCAAUUAACUAUGAAUAGUAACAAUAAUAAUAAUGAUAAUAAUCCAUUAAUAAGUGGAUUAAAUUUACCCACCUGGUUAAAUGAAUGGAGUGAAUCAGGAUGGUAUUAUUAUAAUAUCAAUAUGAAAACAAAAUGGAAUCAUUUAUUAUUAUCUUUAUAUUAUAAAUGGUUAAAAUCAUGGUUAUUAAUAUUUUUUAUUGGUUUUUUAUUGGAGAUACAAAUUAGAUCAAUCAAUAAUAGGAAUAAUAAUGAUCAUGAUCAUUUCGAUUGUAAUCGAUUAUUGACAUUACAUUCUAUACAUGAUCAUCAUGAUAAUGUUGAACAGAAUUUAUUAGAUAAAUCGAUAAAUGAUAAAGUAGAUUCAAGUUGUUGUUGUUCUUGUUGUUGUUGUUGUGAUUACUUAUGGAAUAAUAAUAGUAAUAAUAAUGAUAAUACAAAUACUACUACUACUAAUACUAAUAAUGAUACAACAACUACUACUACUGAUAUAUACAAUAUAAGUAGUAUAAAUAAUCCUAAUAAUAAUCUUAAAGAAUAUAUUAAAUGUUUAUUAGAUGAACUGAUUAUUCAACAUUCCAAUAAUGAAAUUAAUGAUCAUGAUGAUGAACAUUAUUAUAAACAACUUCGUCAUUUCUCUCAUAUUCUUGAUAUAUAUUUAAAUAAAGAUGAGAAAUGUAUGAAUGAUGAGAAUCAUGAAGAGUAUGUAACAUGUUAUUUACAUAAUAAUAAUACAAAUGAAAUAUAUCAAAGUAAACAAUUAUGUCAGUGUUGUUGUCGUCGUCAUCAUGGUCAUGAUGAUGAUGAUCAUGAUCAUCGAUAUCAUGAUCAUCAUCAUCGUCAUUGUUGUUGUCGUCGUCGUCGUUGUUGUGGUAGUCUCCAUCACCUCCGUCAUCAUCAUCGUCAUCAUUGUCUACUUGAAUGUUAUUCAUUAAAUCAUCAACCAUUACAACAUACGUUCCAGUAUAAUAAUAAUAAUAUGAAUUAUUUAGAUAAUCAUGAAAAUAAUGAAAUUAAAUUAAAUAAUGACGAAUUUAUUAUUGAACCAACAGCACCACCACCAAGUUAUGAUCAAAUUGUACCAAUAUUGUAA